GAGGAAGCGGGAGACAGACGGACAGACGGACGGACACAGACGCUGCGCCCAGGCCUCACCAUCCAUCGCAGGAAGCCCCCUGUCUCAGCUCCGACCACACCGGACGCCGGCUCCGCCCUCAACCUGACCUUCGACCCCUGGACUCGGACGCUGACCUGGGCCUGCGACACCGCCGCGGGGAACGUCACGGUGACGUCAUGCACCGUGACCUCGCGGGAGGCGGGGAUACACCGGCGAGUCUCGCCCUUCGGUUGCCGCUGCUGGUUCAGGAGGAUGAUGGCGCUGCACCACGGUGUCACGCUGGAUGUCAAUGGCACGGUCGGGGGCGCGGCCGCGCACUGGAGGCUGAGCUUCGUCAACGAAGGUGGGCAGGGCCGGGAGCGUCCCGGUGACGUCAUCGCUCGCGAACGCCGGCAAGCGAUGACGUCACCGCCGGCAACCGGCGUCGUCAUCGCCAGCAACCAGCGACGACGCCUGGCGACUUCCGGUCGGGCUCACGGCGGCCAUCUUGUCAGGCGCGGCGGGCUCGGGGGCGGAGAACCUGACCUGCGAGAUCCGAGCCGCGCGCUUCCUUUCCUGCGCGUGGCGGGAGGGGCCAGCGGCGCCCGCGGACGUCCGGUACUCGCUGCGAGUCCUCAACUCCACGGGUCACGACGUGGCGCGAUGCAUGGCCGACCCCGGGGAUGACGUCAUCACACAGUGCAUUGCGAACGACUUGUCACUGCUGGGGAGUGAGGCCUACUUGGUCGUGACCGGUCGGAGCGGUGCGGGGCCAGUGCGGUUCCUGGACGACGUGGUGGCUACGAAGGCGCUCGAGCGACUCGGUCCCCCACGUGACGUCACCGCGUCCUGUAACUCUUCCCACUGCACCGUCUCGUGGGCCCCGCCCUCGACCUGGGCAUCCUUGACGGCCCGGGACUUCCAGUUUGAGGUCCAGUGGCAGAGCGCAGAGCCAGGAAGCACACCCCGGAAGGUGCUCGUCGUGGAGGAGACCCGCCUCGCCUUCCCCAGCCCCGCCCCCCACGGAGGUCACAAGGUCAAGGUGCGCGCGGGCGACACGAGGAUGAAGCACUGGGGCGAAUGGAGUCCCGCCCAUCCUCUCGGUGAUGUGUGGAGGCCCCGCCCACUCCCCGGGAGACCCGCCCUCCGCGUCCACUGCGAACGCGCUACUUCCGGUCCCCUGACCUCUCCCUCCCACCCCACAGAGGCUGAGGACACGCGAGUGCCCGGUGCGCUCCUGUAUGCAGUGACAGCCUGCGCAGUCCUACUGUGCGCGCUGGCGCUCGGAGUGACGUGCAGGAGGUUCGAGGUGACGCGCCGACUCUUCCCGCCCAUCCCAGGGAUCAGGGACAAGGUGUCCGACGACGUGCGAGUGAACCCUGAGACCCUCAGGAAGGACCUCCUGCAGCCCUAGACGUCCCGCCCCCAACGUGACUGACAGGAAGGACUUAAACUUCAUGACAUCAACUGAUGUCAUGAAGCGAUGCUGAUAGACGUCAUCGUGACCGCUCCCCACCCCCACGUCUGGUGUGACUGGACCCCUGUUGCCCUGUUCAUCAAUCACCAAAGUGGGCGUGUCCAGUCUCAUCCUGUCAAUCACCCUGGAAGGGCAUGUUUAACGACAUUGAUGUCACCGUGAUAUCACAGUCCAACCAAAUCCUCCUCUAUAGCCCCGCCCACCCCGACAGGAAGCACAGGUGACUGGGAAGCCUGCCACUGUCAAUCAAGGCCGCCCAUCCCAAAAAAAUCAGUACUCGUGGCCAUCCUCCUGCCUCAGUUCCAGGGAUGGCAGGGACAGCGUGCAUAUCCCCACCGUAAUAGUUUGCUCAGUUCUUAACAAACCCUAACCCUUAAUAUUUUACCUUAACAGCCAGCACACACACACACACACACACACACACACACACACACACAGACACAAACUGUCAUAAAAUCCAACGUGCCUUCAUGAUCAAAGUUCGAUAGUCAGUAGUACUAGAAGAAUCAUAUGUCUGUAAAAUAAAAGCCAGAACAUUUUCUGCUUUUGUUUUCUUUUGCCCCAGAUAGGGUUUCUCUUGGUGUAGCCCCGGCAUCCCUGCCUGGAACUUUCAGUGUAGGCCUGGGUAGCCUCAAACUCACAGAGGUCCUCUCUGCCUGCCUGCCUGCCUCUGCCACCCACACAGCCCGGCCGAAGCUAGGAUCUUUUUUUCUUAUUAUUACUUAUUUAUUAUUACUAUUAGUUUUCAAUGUAAAUGUGUGUGUGUGUGUGCGUGCUCUAUCUGCUGCCUUAUAUGACUGCAUGCCAGAAGAGGGCACCAGAACCUAGGAGAAGCUACCAUGCAGGUCCUGAGAAUUAAAAAAAAUAAAAGAAAAGAAAAAAGGAAAUUCUAAUUACAUAGAAGGUAGAUAUCUGCCCAGCUGUCAGAGUGCUGUUUAAGGCUUACUGUAAAUAAUAAAAAUUGUGUGUCUCUUAUCCAAAAACAGAAGGGAGGUAGUGCACCUGCAUGUCUGUUGUCUGCAUGUCUACUUCCUUGUUCUGUCACUCGGUUGCACAUUGACCUCACAAAGAUGAAAGGCGACAGACAUGUGGAUGGCAGCCAUCUUGUCCUCUGACUAAUCUCCCUCAUCAAGAUGGAGGUGGCUGGCUGUCCUGAGACGUAUUGUUCCAGGUCACUUCUGUUUCUCCCCCUUCUUUUCCAGCUACUAGUGGAACAGAACUUAACUGAAUCAAAAAAAAAAAAAAAAAACCAAAAAACUGAGCACAUAGACAGUACCAUUUACCAUAAAUAAAACAAAAGCAAAAUCCAUCAAAGUCCAUAGUUCUGAGAAGGUCCCUAAAUAUACUGAAAGACUCCGAGAGGAGCCCCUCGCUCAGUCCUUGGGACAAUAUCGGACACCCAAGAACUCACGAGAGACCAAGCUUGAUGCAAACCACAUGAGGCUUUAUUUGGGGAAAGCCAGAGCUCUGGGGACGACUCAUAUCCCACGCAGGGGUAGAGGAGUCAACCUCAAGGGGAAAGAGGUCCCAGUUUUUAUAGGCCCUCAGGGGGGAAAGGAGUAGGGGGUUGUAGGGGAUUUCCAGAUCUAAACAAUGUCUAUUCUCAAGAAAUGGGUAUGGGAGGGGUACAAGGAAAGAGUCUGGUGCAGGUGUAGCAACUCCGGAUUGACCUGGCUGUGGUUGCUGGGGAGAUUCUCUGACUCUUUCCCAGCAGCCAAUAUCACAAACACCUGGCAAUGGGCUUCAUCAGUGGGCACACACAUGGGUUCAAGGAACGGUCAAAAACAUUGGCAGACACACGGGUUCAAGGAGUGGCCAGAGCAUUGUGCACCUCUAUUUUUCUAAGUCAGUGAAGCUAGUUCUGCUAGCAAUGAAAUCUAUCUUGCCAAUUUCAGGGUUUCUGUGACCUUUUAUAUUCUGUCAGGAUCUUUCAGUACUAACCAGGAUUUUUGGCUAUUGUACUUCUGCUUCUGGCUAACUGUUCUUACCAUUUGAAGUAUGUCAACCUAGAAUAUGGCUUUGGUAUUUAAAACUCACCCUGAGGGCUAGAGAGAUGGCUCAGCGGUUAAGAGCACUGACUGCUCUUCCAGACUUCCUGAGUUCAAUUCCCAGCAACCACAUGGUGGCUCACAACCAUCUGUAAUAAGAUCUGAUGCCCUCUUCUGGUGUGUCUGAAGACAGCUACAGUGUAUUCACAUAAAUAAAAUUAAUAAAUAAAUCUUUUUAAAAAAACUCACCCUGAGAAAGGUUUGGUGCAACCCUGGGAUCCCUAACACCAAGCACUACUGCCUGCUGGCUAAUAGAGAUAUUCUAUUGGUUUAAACCCAUGUCCUAGGAGUCCUCUCUCAUGGACAUCCCCAUAACACUGCUGCCUGUAAUGCUGUGGAUUUCUCCUGUUUUAGUUAUUUAACUGGCAGAGAAAAUGAAUACAAUCUAGACCCUAGACCCAAACCAUAGUCUUUUGUACAAGGCUAAGUGCAAAUGUUCAUUUGAGGGGUGUAUGUUCUCAUGGGAAGCCAUACUUUAAAAUCCCUGAUAUCAUGAAGGUGUCACUCUUUGUUGUUGUUGUUGUUGUUGUUUUGAGGUAGGGUUUCUCUGUAUAGCCCUGGCUGUCCUGGAACUCACUUUGUAGACCAGUCUGGCUUUGAACUCAGAAAUCUGCCUGCCUCUGCCUCCCAAGUGCUGGGAUUAAAGGUGUGUGCCACCACUUCCCAGAGAAGGUGUCACUCUUAAACAUUAGGAAUACAGUUACCUUUCCUAUUUUAUCCAGACAUAGAUUGCCACUACACUGACUCAGUUCUGAACCUGGUGAGAACUGAAUCCCAGGCACCAGGGUGAGAACUGUGUAAUACAAUAACAACAGAGCAUAGAGUGUGUGCUUUCAUGGACUUUCUGGGGCCCAGGUCCUUGUUCUAAAGACUCCAUUGGAUUGUGAGUUUGUAGCAUUUCCCCUACAGCCAGCUCAUCUGAAAAGACUCUUGUCAGCAGAACAGUGGCAGCUGCCCAGAUCUCUAGACAUGUUCACUAGGUGCCCCAGAAUUUUCCUGGACCAAUAUUGCUGCUGCUGAGAACAAGCAAAACAAAACAAAACAAAACAAAACAAAAACAUUAUUCUAAGUGCUACUAUAUCAUUGUCAGACUCCAUUUAAUAAUAAAGUCAAGAUCCCAGGCCAGAGUGGAGCUGGGUACUUCCCAAUAGUUAGACAGCUUCUAUUGUAAACAAACAGUUGCUUGAAUUCACAUAUCUCAGGUACAACUUCUCCUUCUUGCUGGCAUGGUCAAAAAAGUAUAUGUUCCCAUGCCCAGAGACUAACUCCUAACUGAUGGAAACUCCUUGCUCAAUCUCUUAUGUCAAAAUAUGAUUGGAUAGUGUCCAGCCUCCUUCCCCCUUGCUCUAUGGUUUUAUCCUUUAAAUAUGUUGCAGAACAUCCCUUCAGGGUCAUACUUCAGUUUCCAAGUCUGUUCUGCUGCCUUGAUCUAUCAGUAGCAGCUUGAUUACAAUCAUUUUUUGUUAGCUGCCUAGACCUCAUAUUUGAGUUAUGUUGGAUUUAAGCAAAUCCCACAGUGCUACAAGGCCUCAUCUCACCAGCCUCUCACCUGUUUGCCUCUUGUUUUACAUUCUAUUUCUCUAUCAUGGGAUUUCUCUGUAGCACAGGCACUAUCCAUCCUGUUGGUCUCACCCUACCUCUUUCCCUCAAGACAUUUAUGUUCUUGAGUCCCAUUCUCUAGGAUACGGGAUUAAAUCAGGAUUCCCACUUACUGGGUACUAUGCUCCCUUACUCUGAGUCUUUUCUGUGUGUUUGUUGCUGGGGAUUGGAACCUAGAGAAUGCAUACUAAGGAAAUGCUCUGUUAUGAGCCCAGUCCCCAUAUAAUAUGAGUGUCAAGGCUGAGCACAGCACCCUAGAUGUCCAAGUUCUUCCUAGAAGCAAAGGAUUGAAUGUCCAGUGGCAUAAGCAAUGUAGAAAAGGAUAUGGCAAGCAAGUUUUCUAAAGGUGGUCCACCUUUUUGAAUGACCUAUUAUGGGGGAGUUCUGAAAGGCAUAGAUCCCAGACACUUCAUCCAAGAAUUGCUUCUUCCUAUUGAUAUGCCUUUCAUGUUACUCUUACAUAUCCUAAUGAUUCCUGAGCAUCAACCUAUCCUAUCAGACAAAUUUUCUGCAGAUCAACAUUAAGAGGAACUUUCAUUAAAACAACACAAUUUAGAUGAAUCAAUGACUUUACAGAAUUCCUGCCUUGGUUCAAAUAUUUUUAGGAAGAAUGUUUAAUGAGAUGGUUUUAAUUGUUUUUUUUUCCAGAAAGAUAUAAUAAAGUUAGAAUCAAGAAUAGAAUGUGUCCCCUCCUCAUAGAAUAGUAAGUAAAGGCUGCAUAAUAAGAAAUAGAAUGAGCUUUUAUAAGUUGUACUAAGAAGAGAAAUAGGAUUGGAACAAAUUAAUGAUCAUGGAAAAAACAAUCAUUUCAGGUCAGGUGUGCACUAGUAUAAAAUAAGGCCAUAUGGGGCCUGGAGAGGUUUCUCAGCAGUUAAGAGCACCUACUGCUCUUCUAGAGGUCCUGCGUUCAAUUCCCAACAGAUACAUGGUGGCUCACAACCAUCUGUAAUGGGAUCUUCUGGUGUGUCUGAAGGCACUUAGAGUGUACUUACAUCAAAUCUUUAAAAAAUAAGGCCAUAUGAAACUGUUCCUUUGAACAUACGAGCUUAGAGAAUGAAAUAUUGUCUUGAACUUACUAACAUCCUUCUGUUACUCCCUUUUGUGUAACAUUCUAUCUGUGACAUGAUUUUAUUUUUUGUCUAAGAAGCUAUAAAAAGGCUGAGUCUAAAAAUGAAGGGUGACUGUUGGGACUCUGCUCUAUCCAAUAAAUGUGUAUAUAUGUAUAUAUGUCUGUCUGUAUAAAAUGUAUGUAUGUAUAUCUAUCUAUAUAUCUAUUUGUUUACAUACGUAGGUCUAUGUGCUCUACUUCCCUGUCCCAUUCUUUCUUGAUCCUUUCAUUCAGUCUGCUCUUUGACUGGAGAAUUGAAGACGCUGAUAUUUAAAAUUAUUUAUACGUGUGUGUAAGUAGUGGUAAUCCUGUUGCUGAUUUUUGGUGUUUUCUUCUUAGUAUAUUUUAUUCUUGAAUAAUUAAGACUUUUUAUAAUAUGACUCUCUCUGCAAUGCUGAAUUAUCUCUUCAGGGAAACAUACUGUUUCCUAUAUGUCUCUUAAGUUUUAGUUUAUUGAAUAUAAUUUGUUUAGGCUGUUUAUGUUGUAGAAAAUCUCCAUUCUCCUCAAAUCAUCAUAGUUUUGCUGGGUAUAUUAUUUUAGGUUUGCUGUUAUAGUCUUUAAGACUUUUAUGCAUUGCUACAACCUCUGGGGGAUUUCAGAGUUUUCACUGAAAAAUCAGUUGUUAGUCUUCUCUUACAGCUUUCAAGAUACAUUCUUUGUUAUAUAUACUUAGUGUUUUAUUAAUGCUCAAAGGAUUUUCCUUCCUUGUCUUAUCUAUUUGUUGUUCUGUGUUGGGGGGAGGGGGUUGAUGUGCAUAGAGGUGCCUUUCUAGUGUGGGGAGUUUUCAUCUAUAAGCAUGCUGAAGAUAUCCAUGCCAUUGAAUUGGUGUCUCUUUCAUCUAUGCUAAUAAGUUUGUGUAUUCGAUGGUGUUCCAUAUGUCUUAUGACUUCCUUUCGUGUGUGUGUGUGUGUGUGUGUGUGUAUGUGAUAUGUUUGCAUGUACUUUUGUGUUUCUGCCUUAAUUUCUCUUAAAGCUGGACUGCAACAUUUUUUUGUUUUGUUUUGUUUUGUUUCAUUUUUUGAGACAGGGUUUCAAUGUGUAGCUUUGGCUGUCCUGGAAAAUCACUCUGUAGACCAGGCUGGCCUGGAACUCAGAAAUCCGCCUCCCUCUGCACCACCACUGCCUAGCUUUGGACUGCAACUUUAAGGUGAAAUAAGCUUUUAGUUCCCAAGUUGGUUUUAGUCAUGGUUUUUUAUUCGAACAGAAAAAACUUAGUAAGAAAAACAUGAAGCUGAGAGAUUGUUCUGUGACUUGAAUUUGUACUUGUUUAAUACACAAAUGCACAAGUAUUAUAUAAAAUAUUAAAAUCUCUAAGUGUCACACUGGAGAGAUGGCUCAGGGGUUAAGAGCACUGACUGCUUUUCAAAAGGUCCUGAGUUCAAGUCCCAGCAACCACAUGGUGGCUCACAACCAUCCAUAACAAGAUCUGGCACCCUCUUCUGGAGUGUCUGAAGACAGCAACAGUGUAUUUACAUAUAAUAAAGAAAUUUUUAAAAAAUCUCUAAGUGUCAUCAGGUCAGCUAUAAAAACUGAAAACGUAUUCUAAUUACAGAUUAUUUAUCAAAGAUGGUUGACAGGUACUUUAAGAAACAAUUAGAAUCUCAUAACUUUAUAUGCCUGUAAGAUGCAUAGAUGAAAUUUUCAUAAAGUAUGCUUGGGAAAGUCUGAAUCCUCUCUUCUGGGAUGUGAUGUUCAGCCCUGUCCUACGUACAGCUGAUCAAUUAUGUCCAUUGUUUUAAGGAGAAAACCACAGUGAAUUUAGUGAAUCUGGAAACAACAUGAGGUUCUUUAAACAGCCAUUUUAAAGUGUUAUAUUAUUUUUCUUGAAUAAUGCAAGGUGCAUUUUUAUCAGCCUUUAAAAAUUUGGAAUUUCAAGUCGAUUAUAUUGAUUUUUCUUAAGAAUAAUUCACACUAUUCAUUUUUUAAAUAUUGUAUUGAAGAGACUUGCUAUUAUAGCAUUGUAUUUUAUGUAAGGGGACAUACCAUGCUUAUAGGCACUGGUGAGAAUGCUUUAUUCGUUUACAUUAACUAUAUGUAUUAAUAUCAAAUAAUUCUUGAUUUGAACUCCUAUAGGUUUAAUUAUGCCAAUGUCUACAAGAUCCUUUAUCUAUUUGUUAUUGUAAAUCACCCAAGGCCCAGAAUCUUCAGAAUUUUGAGAAUUUCAUUUUUUUCCAAUAACUGAUUUUUUUUGUUCACUUUACAUCAAAAUCACAACCCCAUACUCUCUUCCCAGUCCCACCCUUACAAGUCUCUCCCCCAAUUGCUCCCUCACUUUUUCAGAAAAAGGAGAGCCCCCCCCAUAGGCCCCACCUAGAAACAUCUAGUCCAGUAGGACUAGACACAUUCUCCCACACAAUCCCAGGCAAUCCAGGUAGGGGGAAAGGCAUUCAAUGUCAGGGAACAGAAACAGAGAGAGCUCCUGUUCCACUGGUUAGUGGCCAUACAUGAAGACCAAGAGGGACAUUUGCUACAAAUGUAUAUAGGCCCUAGGGCAAGUCCCUGUAUGCUCCCUGGUUGGUGACCAAGUCUCUGUGAGCCCUCAGGGACCCAAGUUACUUGACUCUUUUGAGGUUUAGCCUGUUGGUAUGUAUUGUAAUACUAAGUGCAAACCCCAAGACCUAGUUGCCCCAGAGACAAGAGUCCUCAAGUGACCUAAGAGAUGCUAUGUGACUGUUGGGAGCGAUCCUGUUUGAAUGUUAACUGCCUUGUCAGCCAUAAGUGCUUACUUACAAAGUCUUGGCCUCUAUGGUAAAGUACUAGUCCAGCUGAGUACAAAUAGACAUAGAUCCUGAAGUCAGCGGAGAACAAAUAGCUAUAAAUCUUGUGGAUAGGUGCCUAAUAACCCUUACUGUUCUGAUCUUUCUGCUGAACUGUUUACCCAGUCCUGUUCCUGGGAAUAGGUGCAUUACCCAGAGACAAAGCAACCCCCUCCACCCUGCUUCCUGCUCCUAUGAGUAUAUAACCUGUGUGGGAAAAAUAAAAUUUGUCAGCCUU